ACGUACAGUGGCUUCCGGGCCUGGACGCCAUUUGCAGCGGUAGCUAGGACAAUGAGCUAUGACAACCAUCAGAACUGGGGCCGUGAUGGGGGACCCCGCAGCUCCGGUGGGGGCUAUGGAGGGGGUCCUGCAGGGGGUCACCGAGGGAGCCGAGGCUCCGGAGGAGGUGGCGGCGGCGGCGGCGGCGGCGGAGGUGGGGGUGGUCGAGGCGGCAGGGACAGGCAUCCCGGGCACCUGAAAGGCCGCGAAAUCGGCUUGUGGUACGCGAGAAAACAGGGACAGAAGAACAAGGAAGCGGAGAGGCAAGAGAGAGCUGUAGUACACAUGGAUGAACGACGAGAAGAACAAAUUGUGCAGCUACUGAAUUCCGUUCAAGCGAAGAAUGAUAAAGAGUCGGAAGCACAGAUAUCCUGGUUUGCUCCUGAGGAUCAUGGAUAUGGUACUGAAGUUUCUGCUAAGAACACACCACACUCAGAGAAAAAACUUGACAACCAGGAAACAAAGUUGAUAAACCAAGAAAAAAAAGUGUUUAGAAUCAGGAACAAGUCAUAUAUUGAUCGAGAUUCUGAGUAUCUCUUGCAAGAAAAUGAACCAGAUGGAACUUUAGACCAACAAUUAUUGGAAGAUUUACAAAAGAAAAAAAAUGACCUUCGGUAUAUUGAAAUGCAGCAUUUCAGAGAAAAGCUGCCUUCAUAUGGAAUGCAAAAGGAAUUGGUAAAUUUAAUUGAUAACCAUCAAGUAACAGUAAUAAGCGGUGAAACUGGUUGUGGCAAAACCACUCAAGUUACUCAGUUCAUUUUGGAUAACUACAUUGAAAAAGGAAAAGGAUCUGCUUGCAGGAUAGUUUGUACUCAGCCAAGAAGAAUUAGUGCCAUUUCAGUUGCAGAAAGAGUGGCUGCAGAAAGGGCAGAAUCUUGUGGCAACGGUAAUAGCACUGGAUAUCAAAUUCGUCUCCAGAGUCGGUUGCCAAGGAAACAGGGUUCUAUCUUAUACUGUACAACAGGAAUUAUCCUUCAGUGGCUCCAGUCAGACCCGCAUCUGUCCAGUGUUAGUCAUAUCGUACUUGAUGAAAUCCAUGAAAGAAAUCUGCAGUCAGAUGUUUUAAUGACUGUUGUUAAAGAUCUUCUCAAUUUUCGAUCUGACUUGAAAGUAAUAUUGAUGAGUGCAACAUUGAAUGCGGAGAAGUUUUCAGAAUAUUUUGGUAACUGUCCAAUGAUACAUAUACCUGGUUUUACCUUUCCGGUUGUGGAAUAUCUUUUGGAAGAUAUAAUUGAAAAAAUAAGAUAUGUUCCAGAACAAAAAGAACAGAGAUCCCAGUUUAAGAGGGGUUUCAUGCAAGGGCAUGUAAAUCGACAAGAAAAAGAAGAAAAAGACACAAUAUAUAAAGAACGUUGGCCAGAUUAUGUAAGGGAACUGCGAAGAAGGUAUUCUUCAAGUACUGUAGAUGUUAUAGAAAUGAUGGAUGAUGAUAAAGUUGAUCUGAAUUUGAUUGUUGCCCUUAUCCGAUACAUUGUUUUGGAAGAAGAGGAUGGUGCGAUACUGGUCUUUCUGCCAGGCUGGGACAAUAUCAGCACUUUACACGAUCUCUUGAUGUCACAAGUAAUGUUUAAAUCAGAUAAAUUUUUAAUUAUACCUUUACAUUCACUGAUGCCUACAGUUAACCAGACACAGGUGUUUAAAAGAACCCCUCCUGGUGUUCGGAAAAUAGUAAUUGCUACCAACAUUGCAGAGACCAGCAUUACCAUAGAUGAUGUCGUUUAUGUGAUAGAUGGAGGAAAAAUAAAAGAGACACAUUUUGAUACUCAGAACAAUAUCAGUACAAUGUCCGCUGAGUGGGUUAGUCAAGCUAAUGCCAAACAGAGGAAAGGUCGAGCUGGAAGAGUUCAACCUGGUCAUUGUUAUCAUCUGUAUAAUGGUCUUAGAGCAAGUCUUCUAGAUGACUAUCAACUGCCAGAAAUUUUGAGAACUCCUUUGGAAGAACUUUGUUUACAAAUAAAGAUUUUAAGGCUAGGUGGAAUUGCUUAUUUUCUGAGUAGGUUAAUGGAUCCCCCAUCAAAUGAGGCAGUGUUACUCUCCAUAAGACACCUGAUGGAGCUGAAUGCUUUGGAUAAACAGGAAGAAUUGACACCUCUUGGAGUCCACUUGGCACGAUUACCCGUUGAGCCACAUAUAGGAAAAAUGAUUCUUUUUGGAGCUCUGUUCUGCUGCUUAGACCCAGUACUCACUAUUGCUGCUAGUCUCAGUUUCAAAGAUCCAUUUGUCAUUCCAUUGGGAAAAGAAAAGAUUGCAGAUGCAAGAAGAAAGGAAUUGGCAAAGGAUACUAGAAGUGAUCACUUAACAGUUGUGAAUGCAUUUAAGGGCUGGGAAGAAGCUAGGCGACGUGGUUUCAGAUACGAAAAGGAUUAUUGCUGGGAAUAUUUUCUGUCUUCAAACACACUGCAGAUGCUGCAUAAUAUGAAAGGACAGUUUGCUGAGCAUCUUCUUGGAGCUGGAUUUGUAAGCAGUAGAAAUCCUAAAGAUCCAGAGUCUAAUAUAAAUUCAGAUAAUGAGAAGAUAAUUAAAGCUGUCAUCUGUGCCGGUUUAUAUCCCAAAGUUGCUAAAAUUCGACUAAAUUUGGGUAAAAAAAGAAAAAUGGUAAAAGUUUACACAAAAACCGAUGGACUGGUUGCUGUUCAUCCUAAAUCUGUUAAUGUGGAGCAAACAGACUUUCACUACAACUGGCUUAUCUAUCACCUAAAGAUGAGAACAAGCAGUAUAUACUUGUAUGACUGCACAGAGAUUUCCCCAUACUGUCUCUUGUUCUUUGGAGGUGAUAUUUCCAUCCAGAAGGAUAAUGAUCAGGAAACUAUUGCUGUAGAUGAGUGGAUUAUAUUUCAGUCUCCAGCAAGAAUUGCCCAUCUUGUUAAGGAAUUAAGAAAGGAACUAGAUAUUCUUCUGCAAGAGAAAAUUGAAAGUCCUCAUCCUGUAGACUGGAAUGACACUAAAUCCAGAGACUGUGCAGUACUGUCAGCUAUUAUAGACUUGAUCAAAACACAGGAAAAGGCAACUCCCAGGAACUUUCCACCACGAUUCCAGGAUGGAUAUUACAGCUGACAACUUUUCAGGGGUGGUCUGAAAAGCCAAUUUGACAGCCAUUCUCCAUCAUAGUUUAAAUUUUGGCUGGAUGCCAAACACUGGGACAUGACUAGUUUUCAUGUGUAAGAUAGAAACCUUCAGUAGGUAGUAAAGACAAUGUGCAUGACUUGAUGUUAUAUGGAGCUAUUUUAUAUAUAUACUUAAAUAGACUAUAAAAGCAAUAUGUUCUCUGAUCAUACACUCUACUGUGGUCAUGCCCACUCUUUGGGAGUAUAUUCCCUUUAUAUAUAUUGAGUAUUGUACCACUUGAGAAAUUCCUUUGUUCUGUUGUACACAAUUAAUCUUUUUGCUCAUAAUGACUGAUGAUACCACCAGUAAAAAUAGAAUGUUCAGCCAAAAAGCAGUGUCAAGUAAGAAUUUGAACACAGCCACAUUUUUUUAAGUGAAACUUCUAUCGGAAGUAAAUUAAUUUGUUGUAAUACAGCCCAGUAUUUAAUAAAAUGUAGCAUGUUAAAUCUCAGCCAACUUCUUGGAUUGGUUUCUACAUUUCCAUCUUUGGCUUGGUUGAUUUGAUAUUUUUACUAUUUUUAAAACUUGUACCCUUUUUGCAUCACCCUGUGCAGCAUAAUACAGCAGUUGAGAGCAUGAGUCUCUCAAUGGAGAGCAGUUCCAGUCUCAGGUCUGUCACUUAGUCAAUGUCUUGGCUUCUCUUUUUCCUUAUCUGUAAUAUACAGUUGACCCUCCAUAUCCGUGCAUUCUACAUCUGUGGAUUCAAGCAACCAUGGAUAGAAGGUAUUUGGAAAAAAGAAAUGAAUGGUUGUAUCUGUACUGAACAUGUGCAGACCUUUUUUCCUUGUUAUUCCUGAACAAUUCAGUUUUAACAGCUAUUUAUGUAGUAUUUACAUUGUAUUAGUUAUUAUAAAUAAUCUAAAGUAUACGGGAGGAUAUUCAUAGGUAACAUGCAAAUACUAUGCCAUUUAUAUAAAGGACUUGAGCAUCCAUGGAUUUUGAUAUUUGAGGGGUAGAAGUUGGAAACCAGUCUCCCACAGAUACUGAGGGAUGACUGUACAGGUAACAGUUGUGAGGAUGAAAUACAUUAAUGCAUGUAAAGCACAUAGGUUAGCUAGUGCCUGUACUCUCUGAAUCUUAGUUGUUAUUUGUCCCUGAAAUAUUUUUGUAAUGUCUACCCUUUUUUGUUAUUGCUACUUACCUUCUUAGCCAAGGCAGGUAGUGUAACAACACAUGCUUUAUAUUUUCAGCCCUAUCAGAUUGUGUUAAAUACUGUUGAUUGCCGGCCAGCAACCAUUUUGUCCUUCACUUCUUGCUUGCUUAUUCAGGUGUUCCCGUCCUCACAGCUUUUGUGCCCAGAUAUGUUGGACCCUUUCCCCAAGAGUGCAUCUUGCUGUUCUAAGCUUAUCACAUGUGGUCUUAUCCUCCUUAUGAAUAAUUGAUAAAGCAUGAGUACAUAAACAUGUCCUAGUGAUCUUCAAGGGGCUGUCUCAGAAAUGUUUUACUCACUAAUAGACUUGGAGGAGAAAAUCCUGCUCUCUCUGGACAUUGUCUUGUCUGACUCUGAUAGUUGGAACUGCUGCAGCCAACUAAUGAUCACAAGGGAACACGGACUCAUAGACUGAGGUUGGCUCAGUGGAAAGAUGGAACUCACCAGAGUCUUUGAUGAUGCUGGUAAGCUUCAGAAUUAACCCAUUGUAGAACUGUUCUACAUGUGGACUUAUUUUGAUAUAAUAACCCUUCAAUCGUUUAAGCCACUUAAUAGGUUAUUGUUAGUUUUUUGCUGGUUUUGUUGUUUUGUUGUUGUUUUAUGUUUGGAGACGGUGUCUUGCCCUGUCACCCUGGCUGGAGUGCAGUGGUGUGAUCGUGGUUCACUGCAGCCUUCACCUCCUGGGUUCAAGUGAUCCUCCUGCCUCAGCUUCCUGAGUAGCUAGGACUACAGGUGUGCACCACCACACCCAGAUAAUUUCUGUAUUUUUUGUAGAGACAGGAUUUCACCAUGUUGCCCAGGCUGGUCUCGAACUCCUGGGCUCAAGCGAUCUACUCACCUCAGCUUCUCAAAGUACUGGCAUUACAGGGAUGAGCCACUGCGCCCAGCCCCUAGUAGGGUAUUUUUAACCUGUUAAAAAGGAUAUUAAUCUGAAACAUACAUUCUCCGUCACUGAGUAUUAUACUAUUGAUUUUGCAGUGUAAGAGUUUUAAACUAUAUGUCUGACAGAAGGUAUAAAAGUGCUGGACAUGCUGCAGAAAGAAAAAGGAAAAGCAUUUUGCUGCACUCUAAAAAAUGCAGAUUUUAAUGUGCCUUCCAAUAAAUGCAAGGAAACCAAAGGAGUUAGAGUAUCAUACAAUGACUGGGAUGUAUUGAUAAUGCUACAGUGAUACGUUAACAGCACUUGUUUGGGUACUGCUCCCAAUCCUGGGAAUGUACAUAACCUGUUAUGUCCCAAGUCCAUUAUCUUGGCUGGUCUUCUAAAAGUGAUCUGUCUCUCACUGAAUUCUGGCCUUAGAGUCAUGUCACAAUAUUAUAGUACACUGGAUUUGCCUCUAAAGUUGAGGUGACCAUCUAGCCUUUCUUGCUCUGUAAGAAAGUUUAUGUUUGUGCUUUUUUUCCCCUUGCUUUGAUUAUCCAGUUUAAAUAGAGUCAGUUGGCCAAAAUGGUCUUGGAAGAAAGGAUUUAGAGAUUCUGUAAAAAAGAUUGUUAUUUGGUUCUGUGUUUGCAAACCAAUAUUUAAUUCUCAUAUGAAUGUGAAAAAUGUUCUGGAGGAAUUAAUUAAUGAGGUGUUCACAGAGAUUAAAGCAGUUAUUGUUACCUACAAUUUCUGUCUUCUGUACAGCUGAUCAGGAUGGAAAUUUUAAUCCAAGGUGCUACUUACAUUCUGUUUCUUUAGUUUACAAAAUAGGGCAUUAUUGAGUAGAAAAUAGGUCUAAGAACUGUUUGUUCUUUUGUGGUUUUAAAGAAUAAGAUAUUAAGGAAAAUCUGUUUGUUUCAUCAUUUUGA